AUGUUAUGGAGGAAAGUGACUGAAAUGUCUGAAGAUGUAGCGAAAACAGUCACCGAAUGUAACACCGAGAGUCCAGAGAAAAGAAAACGAAAAAAGAGGAAAUAUAGGAGAACAAAAGAUGAAUCAAUUUUAUCAGCCCACGAUUUCCUGCCGAUUCGACUGCUGACUUUAUUUGGAAUGACUGUUUGUUUGGCGUUGUUCAUCUUCCAGAUCAGCACCUCACUUAACUCCUACAAUAUUUUACAUGAUAUGAGAGAUCUGGAGGAGCGUUUCCCUGACUACAUGUUCGGUCUCCAUGGUGAACCCAAUCUGUGGUCGUGGGAUCCUGAUACAGAGCUGUUGAAGGUCAACACAUCACUCUUUAUACACUGAAGGCUUUAUGUAAUUACUGCUGGUCCUGUACUGAAGAUCAGAAACAACAACACACAAGUGCUUUGGGUCAACUAGUACCUGUAAAAUCUUCAUAUACUACAUGUGAAUUUUAUCAUACUUCUGAUGAAUUUUGAAGAUGUAUGGUUGUCAACAUUAUUUGUAUGAUUACAACACAGGUUCAUGUUCUUCAUGUGCAGUUCAGUUCAAGUGAACAAAGAUCUAGGGUAAUUUUACUAAACAGGUAGAAUUCUAGCUGCAGAUGUUUACAAGAUUCAUAUGUGGUUCAGUUCUAGAAUCACAGAUGUGGUUCAGUUCUAGAAUCACAGAUGUGGUUCAGUUCUAGAAUCACUGAUGUGGUUUAGUUCUAAGAUCACUGAUGUUUUUAAGUUCUAAGAUCACAGAUGUGGUUCAGUUCUAGAAUCACAGAUGUGGUUCAGUUCCAGGAUAACAGAUGUGGUUCAGUUCUAGAAUCACAGAUGUGGUUCAGUUCUAGAAUCACAGA